UAGAGCGCUGCGCUCGGGAUGACAAUAUUAGAAUAAAAGACGCGCUUUUAUUUCCCAUAUGACAAAAUGUCGGUGGCGUUUUCAUCGGCGCGCCCCAGGAGUAAAGGGGAGGUGACACAACAAACGAUUCAAAAGAUGCUGGAUGAAAAUCAUCAUUUAAUACAAUCUAUAAUGGAUUACCAAAGCAAAGGCAAGACAGCUGAAUGCACACAGUAUCAGCAGAUCCUGCACAGAAAUCUUGUGUACUUGGCCACGAUAGCAGAUUCAAAUCAGAACAUGCAGUCACUACUUCCCGCACCUCCCACUCCCAACACGUCAAUGGGCCCUGCAGGGAUGGGCCAGAGUGGGGGACACACUCCGAGCAACCUCAAUGACAACAUGGCACCUGGACUGCCCCCCGCAUCAAUGAUGCAGAGCCAAAUGAGCAAUGGCCCCAGCCAUGCCCCCAUGCAGCAGCAUGGUCAGGCGCAGUCGGCUAUUCCCUUCGCAUCCCUCGGCCUGCAAGCCGGCAGCUACGGUAGCUCGGCCUCAGCCUCCGGCUUCAGCCACGCUGCGCCUUCCUCCCAGGGCACCGGGUCUGGCUAUGGCUCUUCCCCCUCCUCCUCUUCCUCCACACCCUCCUCUUCCUCCUCCCGCAGCAACCUCAACAUGCAAUCCAACCAAGUCUCCAUGAUGCAUCAACAGUCUGCAACUCCACAAUACUCCUCAGCCCAGGUUGGGGGUCAACACUAUCAGGGACAGCAGGCCAUGGGCAUGAUGGGUCAGGGCAGCCAAGGAACCAGUAUGAUGUCUCAGAGACCCAUGGGAUCCUACCGCUCCGCACAGCAAGGAUCUGCACAGCAGUACAUGGGACAAGACGAGUUCGACGGAGAGCAGUAUGGACACACUCAGAGCUCCAGCGAGCCCAUAAACCGGCAAUAUUACCCUGAUGGUCACGGGGAGUACUCGUACCAACAGUCUUCAUAUGGUGAGCAAGGCUACGACAGGUCCUUUGAUGAAUCUUCACAACAUUACUAUGAAGGAGGUAACUCUCAGUACAGUCAGCAGCAGGCCCAGUACCAGCAGGGAUCUGGCCAGCAGCAGCCCUUCAGCCAGCAGCAGUACUCCUCUCAACAAGGCUACAGCGGACAGCAACAGGGAUACGGUCCUGGCCAGGGUGGAUCCGCUCAGUAUUCUCAGUAUCAGCAGGGUCAAAGCCAACAGUAUGGCUCCUACCGCUCCUCCCAGGGAGGCUCUGCAGCGCAGACGCAGAGGCCCUACGCUUAUGAACAGGUACAUCACAGUAGAUCAGAUCUCAGAUUUCUUUGAUUCUCUGAAACUGGCUUUGCAACACAGACCAAUACUCAUUUAACAUAUAGGUAAAUAUGUGUAUAAUCUAUAUAACAAAUGCUUGUUUUGGAUGGAAUUUACCUGUCCAUUGUUACUGGCUUUAAUCCUUUGCUUGCCGCAGCAGGUGCUUCCUACCAUGCUUGAUGUUUUUCUGAUGCUGCUAAUCUCUGAUUAACCAAUUUAAUGACGUAGCAUGGUGAAUAUUAGAGCACACACACAAGCCAUCGUUUAAGUAGCUUUAGACAUAAAUAUUAUACAAUCGAAAACAUUGUUUCUUGGUUCCUGUAUUCUCAAAUCCAACUCUUAAAUGAGUAAGUAUAAAACAUCUAGAAAGCAGAUACAAUGAGGGGGUAACUUGAAAUGAUACUUUUGUGCUGUUUGUAUCAGUAGUAACAUCACAAUGUAUGAAAUGCAAUCUAAACUCUCAGUGUAAAUCAUUUUACAUUGCAGGGUCAGUAUGGAAAUUAUCAGCAAUAAGGUAGCACACCGUUGUCCUGUUGGAAGAAAAUGAAAAAGGAACGGUUCAACAGUGACGCGCUGGCUCAGCUGGAUUAGAAGAUCUGGCUGCUUCAGAUUUAUCAGCCUCUCAUUAAUCGCCGUUCUAGCUAAGAAUACAUAAUCAAAUGUGAUGCUUUCGUCAUCUGUUUUGCUCACUGUAGGGCUGUGUAGCUGAAGUUGUUAAGUGCUACUGGCCUCCCUGCUAAAAGUCAGGGUGCUUUAGUAGAAUCAAGGCGGUUAAUGUAAACGUUCCAAAUGGAUUAAAUAGGGUACUAAGAAGGAGCAGUUAAGUCCGUCAAUGAGCCUCAGCAAAUUGCCUGUAUCCUUCUCUUUCUUUUCUGUCUUCGCCUUUCACUUGUCUUUAUCCCAUCCGCGGUUUUUAAUGUUUAUCUUAUUUAACAAGCCUCUUUCUUUAUUCUUUUUUUGGUGCGCAGAGCGGGCCCGUGGUUUGUGAGGCUGAGGCUAUAAAAAGCAAAUUAGCCUCAAAGGAAAUGUUCCUUGGUAUUUAUCAAAUAGACUAGGUCUGCAGCUCUUGCUCUAACUCCUAGUUGAGACACUGUUCUGUCUCACGAUAAGGGAAAUAAAUGUCAUGAAGGUGAAAUUGUUGGUCCUUAAACCUGACCUGAUCAGGGGGUUUGUCCGUGUUAGUCAAACUGUGAUGUGUUGCUGUGUGUUCUAACAUGAUGUGCUUUCACUCUUUGUGUAUGUCUUUCUGAGGUAAUAGACACAAUAGUUAGCCGACUGAUCCGGACUUUAAAGUGUGCGUCACUCGUGGUGGUAUUUUUGACAUAUAUUUUCGGCGGUAUUGCUCUCCACAGACACUACAUUGUUGUGCAGAGUUGGAAGGGAGUCAAACUUCUCUGACGCCAAUCAGUAAAGAUUUCACAUGAAAAACACGUUGCCACUUUGUCUGCACUUUAUUUUGCAGUGACAGUGUACAUUGUCUGAAAUUUUGUAUUGUAGUGCAAUUCGGGCUGUUUUUAACGAAUGAUCCUCUGAAAGCCAAAGUAACUCGGGAACACAACCGUAGCAUGUCCCGCACCUCCACUUCAAUAAGUGCAAUACACUCAGUGAGUCAAGUUGAGAUUGGUUCUUAUGGUGAGUUUAAGCUGUAUAUCAUUAUUUGUAGUUUGUUGACACACAAUGAUGGCAAAGACUAGAGCUGGUUUGUCUAAUGCUAUUAAAUGUUAUGUUGCAGGUUUCAACUGACAUGUCAUAUUUUAGAAGGCUAUGUUCUGUAUUUAUGUAACUUAUGGACAGACUAUGUGAAGUCUUUCAGCGCACACACAUAAAGCUUAGUCCAUCAAUAGUCUUUUUUUUCAGUAAAAACUUGUAUCAUUAUCUUUUGUACUAGAUGAACAAAGUAAUGUUAAAAAUAGGACAAGUGGUGAAGGGGUAUAGAAGGUAAUUUUGUAUCUAUCCAUAUGUGCUUACAAAAUGGGUAUAUAUUAUGUUGUUUAUUGAUUUAUUUAUUGAAAAGAAGUCAGACUACACCUCCGGUCAUUUCACUAAUCGCUGUUUCUGAUUGUUACUGUGGCUGUGAGGCUCCAGCUUUGCAGUAUAUUCUGUAACUCGACUUAUCUCAGAGGGGUAAAAUGCUAAUAAUAUUAGUUGAAGGGUUAAUAAAUAAUGGGAGAAACAUGGCUGUCAAACAGUCACAUAACUAUGUACCACUCAACAAUGACAAUCAUGGGCGUCUCUAUACUACAUUGGAUUUGUAUCUGUGUAUCAUUUGACUGUGAACUGAACAUGUAUGGCAAGUAUUUUCUAGUUCUAUGUUGGUGUGUGUGUGUGUGUGAGAGAGAGAGAGAGAGAGAGAGAGAGAGAGAGAGAGAGAGAGGUUUGGUGUGCAAAAUACAAAUAUGAAUGUUAUCUACUUAUCUAUUGUGAGACUGCAUUGCCUGAUCUUUUCUGCUGUCUUUUGUUACUGUUUGUUAUAUUAAAAAAUAAACUGACAUUCACCUUU